GGGAAAGACUUCACCCUGAGCCCAUCCUUAAAAUGGGAGGGGGAAAAAAGCAAAUACAAAAACCAAAAUCUGAAAGUCAACAGCGUGAUGUGGCAGAAGAAGACAUCAACACUACGGAUAAAUACGAUCAAGAAGGGACUUCUUUCAGGAUAAAUUGGUUUAUUAUUCUUAUUAUUUUUGGGGGAAUCAGUGUUGACCAUCAAUAGCUCACCGCUGCGUUUGCUGGACUUUAGAAAAACUAGGCCAAUGUCAAAAGAGGUGAAGCCAGUGAGCGUGUCUCUGCAUCCUCUGGGAGGAGGAGCAGCGGUCACCUCAGAGCGGGAGGCCGUGUGCGUUUUUGGGACGGGAGAUAUGGGACGCUCCCUGGGCCAGCGCCUGCUGCAGACGGGCUACAAAGUCGUGUACGGCAGCCGCAGACCGCUCGGCUGCGGCCCUUUGCCUCAUGGAGCUCAGGCGAUGAGCUACGCAGCCGCAGCCCAGUUGGCCGGCGUGGUCUUCGUAUGCAUACAAAGAGAACAUUACAGCUUCAUGGAGACACUCAGCUCACAACUGGACGGGAAGGUGCUGGUGGAUGUCAGCAACAACCCUGAAAAGAAUCUGUACCCGGAGGCCAAUGCUGCAUAUUUGCAGAGACUACUUCCCGGAUGUCAUGUGGUGAAAGCCUUUAACACCUUGUCGGCCUGGGCUCUUCAGAACGGACCCUCCGACGCUUGUAGACAGGUGUACGUGUGUGGCAACAGUGCGGAGGCAAAGCGGGCUGUCGCCGAGGUGGCCACCAAGAUGGGCCUCACAGUUUUGGACAGGGGCUCUCUGUCGGCAGCCCAAGAGCUGGAGGACUCCCCCCUGCAGCUGUUCCCCGACUGGAGGCUGCCUCUCCAAAUUGCCGUCGGCCUUACCGCCUUCUUCUUCUUUUACGAGCUCAUCAGAGAUGUCAUCUACGCCUACGUGGUUCAGGGGAAAGACAUCUCCUUCAGAAUCAUGGUGUCCCUGGCCAACAAGGUGUGCCCCAUUGUGUCGCUCAUCAUGUUGUCCUUGUGUUACCUGCCCGGCAUUAUAGCUGCCUUCCUUCAGAUUUACAGGGGAACCAAGUACAGGCGCUUCCCUGAUUGGUUGGACCGCUGGAUGCUGUGCAGGAAGCAGCUGGGACUGCUGGCUCUCGCCUUUGCCUUUCUACACGUACUCUACACACUUCUCAUCCCAAUGAGGUAUUAUGUGAGAUUCAAGAGUUGGGAAUACAUUAUCACACUGAUCAAGGAGAACCAAACGGUAAAGUUCGACACGACAGUGGGCUGGAGAUCGGACUCUUACCUCUCUGUGGGCAUUUUGGGAUUUGGCCUGUACGUCCUGCUGGGAAUAACAUCCCUGCCUUCAGUUAGCAACGCUCUCAGCUGGAGGGAAUUCAGCUACGUACAGUCAAAGCUGGGCUACCUGACCUUAUUCCUCUGUACCCUUCACACUUACUUGUACGGCUGGGACAGAUUUCUGCGGCCCUCCACGUACAAGUGGUACACACCGCCAGGCUACUUGCUCAGUAUGGUGGUGCCCUCCGUGGUGCUGGCGCUAAAGCUGCUGCUCCUCCUGCCUUGCGUGGAUCGGACCGUCACCCGCAUUCGUCGGGGCUGGGAGAGGACUGAACCUGGCGAGGAGAAAACAUUUCUAUUGUAGGAACGGCGUGCCGCAAAAUAGACAUAUAUAGAGGUUUGUUGGAAUGAACGGGAAUUAACAUUGAAAACAGAUUGAGCAGCUGGCAACUUUGUCUUAGGGGCAAGUGGGGAAAUGCCCCACCGUGUCCCGCAGAUGGCGCUUGUGUGACUUGUUGCUUUUUCUCAUGCAGUAGUGAUUCAAAUGUGAAAUUAAUGGACAUAAAGGAAAUCAUAAUCUCAUUUUAUAGCGCUGUUUUUCAAGUUUGUCAGUGUGAUUUGGGAUGAUAAUGUUCCUGCUGACUCUCUGCUUUGAGGGGCAGUGGGCCCCUCUUUGACGGAACCGCCAGAGUAAGCAUGAAUGUUAUAUGAACGUUAGAAUAUGUAGCAGCAGACUGUCGUGUUGUUUAUUAUUCCGCUCCCUGGUUCAGCAAGCAUGAAUGGACACUCUUGAAAGCAGCUACAAAAGCUAAAGGUGAAUCCACAAUAUAUUACAAUGUCAGUCAUUUACACUUUUAUGGGGAAUUUGUGCUCCUUGGUGAAGUCACCUUCUGGACUGGUCUUUGAAACGCUUUGUCUGCGGCUCAAGCAGAGAAGAUCUUUUCAAAGCUCAAGUCAAUGAAAAGCAACUUGAGGUCAAGCAUGUCCCAAGAACUGGCGUCAGCAUCAUCAGCAUCAACCACACAGUUGGUGAGCAGAUAAUACACAAGGACGUCACAAUUUUGCAUCAUGGCCAGAAGGCAAAACUUUUGAAUUAAUUUAACAAUGUAAUUCUUAACAGAAAAAGGAAGAAAGCACACUGGGGGGGGGGGGGGGAAAUCCAAAAUUAGUGCAGUAAGGUUCCCUUAAGUUUUUUUUUUUUUCCAUUUGUGCAAUGCAAGAUUGGUAUGUUUUGUUUUUUGCUUUAGUUUGUUUCCUUAAUUGUAAUUAUUCUUUGCUUUUCUGUGUUACUUAUUAUUAAAAGAAACUAUAAAGUCCACUAAAGUGUGUUUGUCAUUGGUGUGUGUUGGUGUUGGGUGGGGUCUCAUGCAGGGUGCCCUUCAAGCUAGGACUGCCACUGCUUCUAUAGAUGCGCCCACUUUCUAUAGUGCUUAUCCUCAUUAGGGUGAAUUGGAGCCAAUCCCAGCUGCCUUUGGGCGAGGGGCGGCGUGCGCCCUGGACUGGUCGCCAGCCAAUUGCCGGUCACAUUUGACAAAGAAGCAUUCACACUAACGUUUACACAUAUAGAAAAUUUGCAGGUCUUCAAUUAACCUAAUAAGAAUGUUUUCGGAAUGUGGGAGGAAGCUGCAAAAAAAAUACAAUAUUUUAAAAUAAAUUUAAAAAACUCAUUUCAAAGAUUUGAACCCUGAAUCUCAGAACUGUGAGGCAGAUGAGCUAACCACAUGCUGCCCUCAUCGUCCAGGUUACUUUUGUAAUUUUCAUUUUAAUUGUGGAGUUUUGUUAUCAAACUUGUGCAGUGAACUUGGAGGAGAAAUUUGAAGGAAAAAAACUGCAAAUACUGUAGUUUUUUAGUAAGUUGCCUAGUGGUUGGUGUCUGAACAAUAUUUUUCCUGUUUAAACUGCCAAUGGUUGAAUGACGCAUCCAACUGCUCACUUAUUUUAUGAACAUAUUUUAUUAAAAUUGCAUCUACUUAUCAGUUCAGAUACAGCCUAAGUUGCAAUGGAGCAAGUAAAAAAAAAAAAUAUAUAAUAAUAAUAAUAAAGUGCAUUGUCUAUCUGCGAUUGGCUGGCAACCAGUUCAGGGUGUACCCCGCCUCCUGCCCGAUGAUAGCUGGGCUAGGCUCCAGCACGCCCGCGACCCUCGAGAGGAGAAGCGGCUCAGAAAAUGGAUGGAUGGAUGGAUGGAUGCAUUGUCUAUACCUGAUGAGUCAAGUUUCAAGUGUACAGUUUCAGUGGGGAAUACCCCACAGGGUUUUAGUUACUGCAUUCUCUAUUCAAACCAUCAAUUUCUCUAUAUUUACUAUUAAUCCACAUUUCGUUAGCAAGAUGUCUGCUAAAAUACGGGUAAGUUGGUGGUAAACAUCUUGGUGGACCAAACUUAUCUUAUGGUGGUGAUCUACUUGUUUGUAUUCAAGUCUAUUGAUUUAUGCUCUCAGAUUUGACUUCGCCGUUUGUUCUUCUGCUGUUCCCAUAUGAAUUCAACCACUGUGAAAUGAACUUCCAAUUAAAAUACAUAGUGCUAGCACUGCA